CGGUCCCGUCGGGAGAAGGGGAUCGGCUGGAGUCGGCGUUCGGCUUCCCGUGGGAGGGGAGCGGCCCUCUCUUUCUCCUCGGCAAGCAGGAAAAGAGCCAGUGCCAGUCAUCGACAUGAGAAUGAAGGAUGUCCACCUUUUAGACCCGACGGCGAUUUUCAUCGCGACCCGUGGCCUGAGGAUCGCUGAUCAGAACAUAACGGAGAACAAAGUGUCCGAGUACGAGGAGCUGAAGAAAAAGCUGAGGAGCUGCCAAGACGAAGUUUUCAAGUUGCAAGCGGCCAAUGCUGAUCUCACUCAGGUAAACAAGCGAUGGCACAGGUACAAUACAGACAUGCAAAUUUUCAUCGACAAACUGCAGUCGACAAUAAGAGACCAGCAAGAACAGAUCAACAACAUUGGGGAAGGAAGUUUUUUCUCAGAUAAAAAGGUCAUUCAACCUGAUGAGGACAAUACGCCGUGCCAAAGAAUAGACUGUAAAAACCUAACAGAAGAAGUGGAAAGGUUGAAAGGAGAAGUGGAACACCUGCAGUUUCAGGUCAGAUCACACAAGGAUGACUGGGAAGCUGAAAAGAAUGAAAAACAGGAAGCCGUAAAGGAACGUGAUGCUCUUCAACAAAGGCUGAACAAUGUCUUGAGAGAUCUUUGUGUAAACACUAGAGGAUCAGAGUCUGAAAACAAAAAGAGCUGCUGCCAGCGAUGUAGGAAUUGUGAAAAUCAUGUAGAAAACCAGCCUCCUAGAUUACAAGCUUAUGAAUCAGGACAUCAUCACAAACAAAUUUUAAGUGGACUUUUCUUGGGUGAUGAUAACAUUCAAUGCGAUGAUGGUUACUCAAAGGCAUCGAAAGCUUUCAAUCCUGAGGAUGAGGCUAGAAGUUUGGAGAGGUAUGGACUUGAAGAUACAGCUUGUGCAUUGCGGCCUAAGGAAGAGUCGUACUCUCUCACUUCCACAUUGCCGCUCAUCUCCCCACCUGAGGUGUCGCCAUGCAGCAGCAACGGGAGUAUGCAUUCCGAACACAGGACGUUCUCUAUGGGUAUCAAGAGUGGAGGGAACCUUGUCACGUCUUACUUUCAAUUGCCGGUGGUUAAGUCGUCAUCAGCGCCUGACAGGCACUCGGCUUUUAAGAAAGCGCCUUUUGUCAACUCGAUCAGCCUUUCAGUCCUACCGCCCCCUGGCAAGGGGAAGUCGAAGAGGGAAGUGCAGAACGAUCGGGUGGAAAGUCAGACAGACGACGACUUCGUAUGCCCGCACUGCAGCGCAGUUUUCCAACAUGACAAACAUUUAAAGUUUUUGGACCAUUUUGAAAAUUGCCAGAGCAAAUGAGUGUCAUGUUGAAAUUGAUAGUAUAGCAAUAAUUGUGUUUUUCUCAGGAAUAAAGUGUUAUAAUUGCAUUAUUAUUUUUUGUCUCUUGAGUUCUUUUUCCAUAAUUCAUUGCAUCUCUAUUAUAUACGAUUAAAUUAAAUGG